AUGAACUACUCGACGCUUAUUUUGCUUUUCGGUGAGUGCAAAUGCAAAAAUGCCUGCUGCUGGAAUCGAACCAGCGUCGCCACGGCCACAACGUGGAGUACUAACCACUAUACUAAGCAGGCCGAGAGCCGCACGCGCGCCACGGCGGUCAUAAAGGUGGCCCUGGCGCCGGCGGAACACGUUUCGACUUCUCGUUUCGACUUCUCGGUUUGAUCAGAAUUUUUGUUUCGAUCGUGAUAAAGGGUGCGGAAAUGAGUUUGUAAUAUUAUCAAUCAACCUUCUAUGAACUUUUUGAAACUGAAUCAAACUUCAUUUCGAAUCGAACUUGGAACAAGAACAAUGUCAUCGGCGAGUCUCAGUUGAUUGAGGUUUCUGUUGUUGAUCACCUAAUCCUUGUAGUCCGCUCUUUCAGUUGACUUCACAGUGUGAUUAGGCUCUAAAUUAUGAAAAAUUUUGAAAAAAUCUCGACCGCCCGCCGAGAUACAGGGCUUUGAAUAAUCUGCGCCAAACUAAUUUCCACGGCGAGACCGCGAAUGAAUCAUAGAACAAACCGGUUAUUAUCCAUCGUCUGCUCUCCUGAAUAAUUCCACCCCAUUUCUCCAUUUUCAGCCCUGUGUUCGAUCGCUGUCGCUGUCUCGCCGCUCUGGUUCGAAGAAGAGGAACCGACGCUGAAUUUGAGAGCGUAUCGCAUGAAUCAAUGUGAGAAACGAGAGAGGGGCAAAGCGACAAUAUUUGCCGAUAACAAUGAUUAUUUUUGGAACGGGGGGGGGGACAAAUUGAGAAUAGCUCAUCGUUUUGUGCUGUUUUUGGAACUGAACUACAGUUUCAGUGUUGGCAUAAGGUAAAUGUGAAAACGAUUGCAAUAAUAUCAUCCUUCCCUUCGAAAGCAGUCUCAGGAUUGUAAAACUAGUAAUUGUCAGCAAGUUUAGCCAGUAGAAAUGGAACAAACUUCAUAUAUAAUUCGACAACAGAAAAGGAGUUAUCGAAAUCAAAUUUUUUUCUGUUUUAUAAUGUGCACGUUUUGAAACUGAACUCUGUGUGUGUGAACGAAUCUCACUUUAACAUGCUGUAAAGAAAUACAUCACAAAAUGUUCUCUUGAAUAGUGCUCCGAUUGAUGUGCACAUUAUGAAACAGUCCAUCCAAUUUUCUAUUGUUUUUGACACGAACAACAUGAAAUGACACCUUUUUUUCUGUUUCUCGGCGUCUAUUCGUCAGGCAAAUGCGUACUGUCUAAUGGCUAUUGAUCACGGAAAUCAUAGAAUCGGUCAUCAAAAUCGUUCCCUUUCAUUUUUGGGAUUUUUUUUUCUCGAUCGAAACCGACACUUCUCUAACUCUUAAUUGCAGUGGAUUCGAUGGACGGCGCGAGACGUCUUCUCAAAAGAGCCAACAUGUUCAACAAGCGAAGAGGACGCGAACUUUUCGGUGAGAAAUGCCCCCCCUAAAUUGAAAGUAUGAUGAUGUAGCCAUUUUCACACCAAAAGUGAUUCAAAAGUGAAAGAAAUUCGAGAUUUUCGAGAUUGGAUUUCAGAAGGGAAAGGGCGGGGGGGGAUCAUGAUUACAUUGGACACAGGCACUUGUCAAAAGUGCUUGAAAUUUAGUAGAAAAUGUCAACGAGUUUGCUCUCAGGAAAGCGUUCGAUGCCGCUCGACUACGCCGACGAUUCGGCGGCGUCCGUCAUCUACGAGAACCGAUUCAGAAGACGUGCCAACGAACUUUUCGGCUGA